CUGAAUUCUGAAACAACAAUGGAUGUAAAUGAAAACAUUGUUAUUGUUGGAGGUGGCAUUGCAGGCCUCUCUUUGGCAUUAGCUCUUCACAGGUUGGGAUUGAAGAGUUUAGUUCUGGAAUCCUCUGAUAGUUUGAGAUCAAGUGGUGCUGCAUUUGUUACAUGGACUAAUGCUUGGAAUGCACUUGAUGCACUUGGUAUUGCUGACUUGCUUCGUUCACAACACUGCCGGCUCUCCAGGAUCACUGUAACAUCAGCAACAUCAGGGAUUCCAACAGCACAACUUUCAUACGGAAACCAUGAAAUAAGGUGUGUGAAAAGAAGAGUCCUGUUAGAAACUCUAGCAAACGAGUUACCAAAGGAAACAAUAAGGUACUCGUCUAAGGUGGUUAGCAUCCAAACAUCAGGCCAUUUAAAGCUGCUUCAUCUUGCUGAUGGCUCAGUCAUUACGACGAAGGUGGUGAUUGGGUGUGAAGGAGUAAAUUCUGUUGUAGCAAGAUGGCUUGGGUUCAAUGAGCCAUCCUUCACCAAGAGGUUCGCUAUUAGGGGUUACGUUCAUUUACAAGAAAAUCAUGGCCUAAACCCGGAAUUUAUGCAGUUCACUGGACAUGGUUUUCGAUAUGGGAUCAUCCCUUGUGAUCCCACUAGCAUUUACUGGUUUUUCACUUUCAAUUCAUCCAACCAAGAUGAAGAAAUUAAAGAAAAUCCCAUGAAAAUGAAGCAAUUUGUGAUGAGUAAUUUGGGACAAGUACAAGACCAAAUAAAGGCUAUUAUCGAGAAGACUAGAGUGGAGGACAUCAUAUGCUCUCCUCUAAGAUUCAGGCUUCCAUGGGAGAUAAUUUGGGGUGAUAUAAGCAAAGAUAAUGUUUGUGUUGCAGGGGAUGCAUUUCACUCGAUGACCCCUGACAUAGGUCAAGGUGCGUGUGCUACUUUAGAAGACGCGAUUAUUCUUGCAAGAUACCUUGCUGAGGCAAUUUCAGUGAGUAAGUCAGUAGAGCAGGAGAAUUUGGAAGUAGAAGAAUACAAGAAGAUUCAGACAAGCUUGAUGAAAUAUGCUAAGGAUAGAAAAUGGAGAGGUGCUGAUCUUGUUACUACAGCAUAUAUAGUAGGUUUCCUACAACAGAGUGAUGGGAAAUUGGUGAGUUUUUUGAGGGACAAAGUAAUGGCAUCAUUUUUAGCUAAUUUGCUGUUGAAGAAGGCUGAUUUCAAUUGUGGACUGCUCUGAGAAUACAUAAUAUAGUUUAUCAUAUGAUUUAUAUGCUCCUUUUGUUUGUUUAGUCUGGUUUUGAAAAAUUAUAUUGAAUGGAAGAAGAAAUGAGCUUUAAUUAACCUCAUUUUUUAACAAGUGCACUCUAUAUUCUGUCUAGCUUCAAGAAAUUAGUGGAGGAAAAAAAAAAAUUACUGUAAAAGAAUGACCAUCAAAGUUGAGGCUUUUUGAAUGAUAAUGUUUUGAUAGUCUUGUAAACAGUGAAUCUGUAAAAACAUCAAAUGAACUCAAAAUUAUCUAGUUCUGACCUA